ACAAUAUUCAAUAUUUACGUACGUUUAUUCCACUUUCAAUGAAAACUGAGAAUGAUGACCCGAAAAUACGAUCGGAAACAAAGUCAUUCACAAGAUGGCCCCCGAAAAUGAACAAAAUAAUAUUUUACCUCUGGAGUCAUUCACCCUCACAGCCGUUCCAGCGAGCACACAUAACAUCGUAUGGUCUCCCGAUGCCGAGUUAGCUAUUGGUUGCGAUGACUGCGUCUUCCUUUUUAUCCCGGAAUUCACCACACAUCCGCCCUCCAAUGCUAUCAAUGGUAUAGCACCUCGGCAAUAUAAUGAUGUAGCUCUUCGGUUUCCUACCGUCGAGCAUAGAAACCCGGAAAUAAAUCGACCCUUAUUCGACCUCAUAAAACAAGAGUUUCCGGGUUUUGAUUAUGUUCCCGGCGGUGGCGGUUCGGGUAUCGUCACCAGCCAAGGCAGCUCCAUGAACCAUCUUGUUGCUCUAGAAUGGUCCCCCAGUGGUCUAGGUCGAAUGAACCGGUCUAUUCUCGCUGUUCUCACGGGUGCCGGCACGAUUAUUAUGUAUUGCGAGGGCGCGUCUGAUGGGAUGAAUGCCUUCAAAGUCCGUGGUCGCAACGCUAGAUCCUUGCGGCCAUGGGUUGCUGCAUGGGGCGUAGGCGCUGGUUUACUGGUACCUUUUGCCGAAGGACACGAGACUCAGUAUACUAAGGAAUGUAUCACGGCAUUCGCUUGGGCUAGGGAUAUAGACAGCCAUGGCGCGUUACUAGCCUAUUCCAAUGAUGAUGAUGAGAUUGCUAUCCUUUCUGUUCAAUCCAAGCAUGAUUCCAACGCCUCUCCAGGGGAUUGUGGCCAGUGGAGGGUAGAGGAAGUUGGAAGAUUCGUAGCCGAAGGACCACAUCCAAGGCUCGACCCUACCGAUCCGGACUACUCACCAUCUGGCUCGUCGUUCUCGCUAAGUUGGAGUCCAUGGCUGAAAAGAGGCGACUCAAAGACUAGCAUUUUGUCCUACGUAUCAAAUAAUUACGUAGGAUUCAGACAAAUCACUACCAGUACAUCACAUCAACACAUGGCGACCCCUGAUGUAGAAGUCAAACCGGCUGACUCCAAUGGAGUUUGUGUUUCUCUCGCCCCAGAUGCAUUCGUAACCUGGGAGGACCUCAUAUGGACCAUCGGAGAGUCGAAAAUUUGCCGCGGUAUCAUCGCUACUCCUUCACGAGUUAAGGCAUUCCAAGUGCCAUUUGAUGCAGAACAAUAUGCUGGAGUUGCUACACAUACCACGGACGAAUGCGGUACUACCUAUCCGGAGCCAGGAGAUGAUGGGCUUACACAAAACCCUAUUACCGGACUCGUGAUCCAUCCACCUUCGCUCUCGCAUACUACUACAACACCAUCAUAUUCACUUGUCCGACUUUCGGCAACUCACGAAAACGACGGCUGGUAUCAAACUAAUCUUCCCCUCCCUCCAAACCCCGAAGAUGGAACUGUAGGACCACGAUGGGCGACCGAAAUCAACCAGAUUGUUGAGCAUCAGCUUCCUCGAGUAAUGGCGUACCGCCCCGAUUUAGAUACUAGUAGUAUCGGGUCGGAGGAGGGCUUAGACGAGGACGAAGAAAUGGACUUCGAAUUAGCAGAGGAAUCCGAAUAUGACCCCGAGGAGAAUUUCGCUGGUCUAGAUACUGAAGACCAAGUCCAUAUCAAUAGGGUGCGUAUAUGGGGAAUGACUGCUAGUCCUGGCGGAGGAGUCACCGCUGCCUUCGCGAGUCAAUACAACGCGACUUCGUAUGGUCGAGAUACCUAUGCAGGGGUGAAGUGUCGUGUUUUAUUUGGCAAGCUUGACCGCGGUGGAGAUCAAAGCGAGGAGACCGGAUUCUCCCUAGUUAUGAAGAAACUUAGCACCGAAGCAAGGAUGUGGGAGUGGAUGUAUGGAGGCGGACCCCCUAUCACAGGAAUCAACACUUUAAUAAUGGAAGAAAACGAGGAGCAGAGCGCGUUGAAGGAUCACUUUGCGCUAGUCAGGCGAAAGCAAGUUUGUUCCUUCUGCGACCUUCCGCUGAAGCCUGUGGGCAAGUCAUCGCGAUGCAGCAACGGGCACCUCUUCGAUACAUGCGCAACUACAAAUCUCCCUAUACUAGCUCCAGGUCUAUCUAGGACCUGUAGCGUAUGCGGUUCUAAGUCCCUGAAACAAGAGGAUCUCAUUGCCAUAGCUCCUGAGUUAAGAGAUAUAGUUACCGACAGUAUCUCGGCCGAGCUUUGUGGUAGCUGUGGUGGGAAGUUUAUUAAUUGAUGAUGUAGCCUCCGUGGUAAGAUAUAAGAAUCAAUUCAUCGAGGAUCUAGAUCUUAUAUUUCUACCCAGAUACCUAAGCAGGUAUCUGAGGGGCUACUCAUGAGUUAUAUAGGACCAUUGCUAUGGUGAGGCAAACUACAUAAUCCAAACGUCGUGUAGAUCCUCCUAGCAAUGGGUACCUGCCUUAGGUAGGUAAUUAGUACCCACGAUACACGAAGUUUCAGCCUACCCGAACAUUCUUCACAUCGCUCCGGACGAGUCGGCGGCCCUGCCGAAGUUAUGAUCAAAGACCCUCUUACCGUUCUCGUGUAUAUCAAGUGAUUGGCUAUGAUAUACCUGCGCUUACUAAAAGUCGAUAGGUCUAGAAUACAAUACUAAGACUAGUACCUGAAUAGUUCAGGGCUAUUUUCACCAUAUUCGGCCUAGAUACGCUUAUAGCUGAACGGCGUCUCUUGAAU